AUGUCGGUGGGGCGAGUCAGCGCUGGCGCAGGCAUGGUGCUUGUGCUGCUAGCGUGCACGCCGUCAUGCUGGCGCAUGCUGUCAUAUAUCGACAUGGCAUAUCCAGCCCUCGUUGUAUCGAUUUGUCUGAGUGUCGCGGCAUUUUUCGUGACGUACGGCGCCAUCGAAUACUCUCGGAACGCGUUUGCUGCACAGGGCCUGAACGGUGUGGACCUGCUUAAGCGCGACUUUUGGCCCCCGCAUACCAAGCCGCCUAUCGUGCCAGAAGCAUUAGGCCUGCCCUGCGCGGCUGUAUACUUGCUGGCCCUCGUGGUGUUUAUCCCGUUCCGUUACUUCGGAUCGAGCAUGUACGGCCUGCCCAUCGAUGUCGUGGGACGCGGGGCUAGUGCGCCAGGUGUGCAUCAGGACCUCGCGUCGUUCCUAUCCGCGCUAUUGUCCAUUUACUCGGGCACUCUUUUGGGCUUUGUGGACGACGUGCUCGAUAUUCGAUGGCGGCACAAGCUGCCCAUUCCUUUGCUCAGCAGCAUCCCCAUGCUGGUCGUGUACAUGGCAGGCGGCGGCUCUACCAGCAUUGUCGUGCCGGCGUGGCCGCCUCUGCUUCGUCAGACCCUGGGCUGCAGCUCAGUGCAUCUGGGAUGGCUGUACUACGUAUUUAUGAUGCUGCUGGCCACAUUUUGCACCAACUGCAUCAAUAUCCUCGCUGGCAUUAAUGGCGUCGAGGUCGGUCAAGCUCUUGUGAUUGCCGUGAGUGUGUGCAUUAACGACGUCCUGUACCUGAAUAUCCCAGGCGUGAUCCGCGCUGCCUGGGAAAGCUCAUCGGACACACCGUCACCGUCACACAUCCUUGAUGGAUAUCACGGCAGCACAGAUCUCGUCGUGCGCCAUUUGUUUAGCCUGCAUCUCCUUGUGCCAUUUAUCGGCACGAGUCUCGCCCUGUUUCUUUGGAAUCGAUACCCGGCGCGCGUGUUUGUGGGCGACACGUACUGCUACUUUGCCGGCAUGGUACUGGUAUCAUGCGGCAUUCUGGGCCACUACUCCAAAACGCUGCUUCUCUUCUUCUUCCCGCAAAUCUUCAACUUUGUGCUGAGCUGCCCACAGCUUUUUGGCCUCGUGCCCUGUCCUCGUCACCGAGUUCCGUUUGUUGAUACAGAAUCACGGACGCUCUACCCAUCAUGUGUGCGUCUCACGGAGCAUGCACUUCCCACGCGCCUGAUGUUGGCCUUGUUGGAACAGUUGGGCUGCGUACAGCGUAUUUACGACGAGUGCGGCCAGGUCGUCGGCACCACCAAUCUCACACUACUGAACGCCUUGCUCGUUCUACGUGGCGUGCGCGUGGCGCCUGCAUCCAAGGCAGAUCUCAUUGCAUCGAGAUCCAAAACCGAUCCUGUGCUGCGCCCCGCGCCUGUGAGGCAUACCUUGUGUGUUUCUGAACACACUCUCUGGUACUAUACCAUGGGCGUUCAAGCGCUAGGGUCGGCGAUGGCAUUUAUGGUUCGAUACUGGCUCUCGUCCAUUAUUUUUCCCGCUACAUAG